AUGAACAUAUCGUGGUCACAUCGUGUCAGGAAUACGGAGGUUUUAAGAAGAGCCGGUGUUGGCGGUAUAGAGGCAUAUUUAAUGCGGCGUCAGUUGCGCUGGUGCGGCCAUGUGAUGAGGAUGUCCGACGAGAGGAUAACAAAGCGCAUCUUCUGCUCUGAACUCCAGACUGGCAAGCGAAAAAGUGGCGGCCAAUUCUUAAGGUAUAAGGAUGUUCAGAAGAGGCAUAUGAAGAAAUGCAACAUUGACACCUCUCGUUGGGAAGCUCAAGCACAGAAUCGUUUGGAGUGGAGACGCUUGAGGCUCAAAACAGUUUAA